CGAACCCGAACAAAAGCCCAAUCCCUCGAAAGAUGAAGAACACCAUCUUUGAUAAACCAUACUGCAAACUCCCCAAAUUUUCUCAAAUCAUCGUCGAAAAUUGAAAUUAGUCCCCAUUCCAACAUACUAUUCUGAAAUUCUCCAUUGAGCCGGCAAGUUUUCGCGGUCACUUUGUAAUCUUCCUCCAACACGUUCUUCAAAUCCCUACUACAUCCCCUAAAAACCAAAUCCCCCUUUUGUCACCCCCUGUAAAUCUCGAUGCUAUAUCGAAGGCUCUGCACAUUGUUAGCAACUUCUAACCACAACCCAUUUCUCCUCCCCCGGAAUUUCACAAACCCUUUUGCCGUUUUCGAGCGGAACCCGAAGUCUCUGCCCGUACCAAGGAUCUCGAAGCAGCGGUUUCCGCCGCCAAGUCCGGCGACCCACCGCCGCAUUUCGUACACUUCACGAAUGAGUUACGCCAGACGCCCAGAAGCGGUGCCUAUUCCUUCGCCGGAUACAGCCAACAAGGCCGAGGUGAUUCGUGCCCUUGAGGCCGCUUUAGGGUCGCCCUUUAGCUCCGACCCGUUGGCCCCAAACCCUAACCCUUUAAUCGUGGUGAUCAGUGGGCCUAGUGGGGUUGGCAAGGACGCAGUGAUCAAACGUUUGCGAGAAGUUAAAGAAAACAUUCAUUUUGUUGUCACGGCCACAAGCCGCGAAAAGCGGGCUGGUGAGGAAGAUGGGAAAGAUUACUACUUUAUGAGCAAAGAGGAAUUUGUGUCCAUGAUUGAAAGGGAUGAGCUUUUGGAGUAUGCAUUGGUGUAUGGGGAUUAUAAGGGUAUCCCGAAACAGCAGAUUAGGGAUUUCAUGGCUAAAGGGUGUGACAUUGUGUUGAGAGUGGAUAUUCAAGGAGCUGCAACUCUGAGGAAGAUCCUCGGGAACGCUGCAGUGUUUGUGUUCUUGGUAGCGGAGAGCGAGGAAGCGCUCGUUAAGAGGUUGAUAGAUAGGAAGACGGAGACGAGGGAGACUUUGCUUGUGAGAAUUGCCACAGCUCGGGAGGAGGUGAGGCAUAUGAAGAGCUUCGAUUAUGUUGUUGUGAACCGAGAAGGGGAGUUGGAGAGUUCGGUUAAGUUGGUCGAGGCCAUCAUUGAUGCCGAGAAGGCCCGAGUGGCACAAAGGAAUGCCACGAUCUAGUGAUUGCUCGAUUUUGUUGUUUAGUUAUUUGGUAUAUCAUUGGUGGAGCUUAUAGUUCAUAAAUCUUCAUUGAAUCAUUUGCACCAGAUUGCUGGGCUCUGAACACGGGUUAUCUUCGUGCAUUCUAAGAUACAGAAUCACGACUUUAGAAGCAGCAAAGAAUCUUUGCCCAACUACAUGAAUGCAGAGAUGACAGCCUUGACAAGUUGAGUUCUAAAGACACAGAAUGCUUAACUUGUGUUCACUUUUUUUAUGUGCAUUUGAAGGUAAAGAUUAUGUAUAGUUUUGUAUUUGACAAAAUCCCAGCAUGUUAAUGUCCAGAUCAUUCAUUCCUUGCUUAUUCCUGCAAAAUAUUAGCCCCCAUUCAUAUCAUUAUUAUUGCAGCCA